GCGAGCCCGGGGCGAGCGGGCGGGGCGGGCCCGCGCUCCGGGCGGCGGCGGCGGCGGUGGCGGCCGGGCCCGCGCCAUGAGCAUCGAGACGCUGCUGGAGGCGGCGCGGUUCCUGGAGUGGCAAGCGCAGCGGCAGCAGACCGCACGUGAGGAGAAUGAGAAGCAUGAGAAGCUCCGCUUGGAGAGGGAGCAGGAGCAGAAGAAGUCCAGCAAGGCCAGCGCGCCGCGGGCCAACAGUGCCCUGUCCCCGGAGGAGCCCCGAAGCGAACUGCUGGUGCCUAUCUCCCCCCCGGCCCCAGUGCCCCCACCGCCCCCGCCCCUGGCAGCCCCCAUUUCAGUCAUUCCCAUCCCUGUUGUCACCAGUUCCCCCCAGCAAGCAGCCCAAACCGCCCUGUCCCCGCCGCUCGUGCAACGCCACCAGCCCCUCGUAAGCACUCCCAGCGUCCCUAAGGAAUCCUCGUCGGUGGCGCCGGUAAUCCAGAGGCCACCGGGCCCACAUCUGCCGGAUGGGAAAGCUGCAACCCCUCCGUCGGGCAGCCCCAAGCAGCUCCAGCAUUACCCGGCACCGGUCCUGGCCAUCUCCCAGCACCACGUGGUCCCGCAGCCCAUCCAGCCCCUGCAGCACCCGGGAGCGCCCGCGCCGCUCGGCGCCCUGAAGCUGGCUCCGGCAGACGACCUGAAACCCAUCGAGCUCAAGAAGAGAAUUGGAGGGGUUGGGACCAGGGAAGUACAUAAUAAAUUGGAGAAGAACAGACGUGCACAUUUGAAAGAGUGCUUUGAGACUUUAAAGCGCAACAUCCCCAACGUAGAUGACAAGAAGACCUCAAACCUCAGUGUCCUCAGGAGUGCCUUGCGAUACAUCCAGACUUUAAAGAGGAAGGAAAAAGAAUAUGAACAUGAGAUGGAGCGGCUGGCGAGAGAGAAAAUCGCUACCCAGCAGCGACUGGCAGAACUGAAGAACGAGUUGAGCCAGUGGAUGGACAUCUUGGAGAUUGACAGAAUUAUUCGACAGACAGUUCAGCCAGAGGAUGACCAGGCAUCUACCUCGACAGCAUCAGAGGGUGAAGACAACAUCGAUGAAGACAUGGAAGAUGACAGGCCAGUGAACUCAUUACCAAAACUUACCCAGCGCCAGCACCCAGAGCUGCUGAAAGCUGUCCCCCCGAAUGCUGCUCCCCCCCUCCCCGCGGUCCUGCCCCCUCAUCUCUCCAUCCAGCAGAAGCCCCACGCCCAGCCCCCCCUCCAGACACAAGCACUGGUCCCGCCACAGGCGAUCGUCCCCGCACAGACUCACAUCGUGGCGGCCUCGACCGUGCAAUCGACUGUUAUCGCCCACACCGCCACCACCCACGCCUCGGUCAUCCAGACUGUCAACCACGUGAUUCAGGGUCCACAGACCAAGCACAUUGCUCACAUUGCACCUUCCACGUCCAGCCCCGUGCAACUCACCACUGCUGCUCAGCCCAUCGGCCACAUCACUGUGCACCCAGCCACCAUCAACCACAUGGCCCACCUGGGCCCGCAGCUGCCCAUCUACCCCCAGCCCGUGGCCGUCAGCCAGCCCGUCGUGAGCCACAUCGCUCACACCAUCUCACACCAGCAAGUGAACGGCACCACGAGCCUGGGCCAGCCGGCGGUGAUGGCCAAGCAGGCCGUGGGAACCCAGGUGGUGCAUCACCCACAGCUGGUCGGGCAGACGGUCCUAAACCCGGUGACUAUGGUGACCAUGCCGUCGUUCCCGGUGAGCACGCUGAAGCUGGCCUAGAGGGGACGGCCCGACGGCAAGGUCUUUGUUGGGAACCUUUCCUAAGGAAACUCCGUACAUUCCAACCACGUCCGACUCGGCAGGAGGAGGCGCAGGAAUGCCGAGCGGGAGCCGGGCGGGGCUCGCUCAGCUGCCCCGUGCCCAGCCUGCCGCCCGCGCCAGGACGGGGCUGCUCCACGCUCGGAUCUGCUGAUCUGAGAAACUUCAGAGACAGUUGUUCAUGGUGAUUUUUUUUCCUUUUAUGUGUAAUGAGUGAACUAUGGAUAUGAUGUUCUUAAGACUUUAAUUUUGCCCUCUUAUGUGUUGCUUCUUUGUAGAAUAAAAAUUGCUGAUCUCUUUAUCGAGACGUUGCGUAGAAUGGGGAAGAAAUCAUAGAAGUCUAUAUUUAUAUAUAUGUGUGUAUGUGUGUGUAUAUAUAUGUACAUACAUAUAUAUAUAAAUAUAACAUUUGAAGGCCUUUUGUAAGGUUGAUUAUUUUGCAGGAUCAUGAGACAAAAUUCAUUUUUGGAGGAAGAAGAUAGUGUCCUCUCUAAACAAGAAACUCUAAGAUAGAUGGUUUGGUGGACCAGGGUACAAAUACAUCUCUAGUGACAAAAAAACCCCAAUAACAAACCACAAGUCAAACCAUUUUAAAGGUAUUUCCCAUCAAUAUAUUACAUUUCAAAAACCAUCUAAAAUCACUGUGACUUGUUAUGGCAUUUUAAGGAAAUUCUCUGUCCUGUCUAAUAAAAGGAAAAAGAAUACGCAACCGGACUUCAUUUGUUGCCGUUUUAUAAAUGACUUGACUUUAAUAGCUAUGUCAAAAAAACCCUGUUUUUUAUUAUUUUAAUGGUUGACAAUGCUUUGUUUGGAUGUUUUGGGGGGUUUUGCUUUUUGUCUGGCUUGGUUUGCUGAUGCAGUAAUUGAUUUUGCAGAUCUCUGUGCACGGCACGGCCCUGGUCAGGGUCCCUCCUGUCAGCCCAAACCCCCCAGGUUUCUCGGGGCAGAUACUUUUGUGCUGGCAGCUUGCUGAGUGUUUCUGUGGCCUGAUGGGUGGAACCUGGGACAAGACCAAGAGAAAUGUAGUAGAUUUGCUGUGUGGGUUAAUGUUGUUUGUUAGUUUGCUCUGACCUGACCAUGCUUUGCUGUGGGGGUCAGUGGGUUCAGAAAGGGAUAAAUGUGGAUGUGGUUCCUUUCCAGAGUGCAGGCAGCUUUGGCAGCUUUGUUCCUUUCUGGGAGGUAAACAGUCUCUCGUUUUGCAGGAUAAGGGUUUGCUGCAGGAGAUCAGUGUGAGAGCUCGUGCCUGGCAGUGAGACGUGCACCAAAGAACCCUCGUCCUUUGGGACCCUCCUGUUUCCCCUUCCUGGUGAGAGGGGCAGGACCUCUCUGAGGUCAGUGGCAAGUCCUGCAGAGCCAGGAGAGGAGGAAUGCUCUGCUGGUACCUGCCAGCCUGCCCGGGAGGCUGCUUAGGCAUGUGUUUUGUUGCUGGUUGGACGUUCUGGUCCUUGCACCGUGUGUGUAGUUACUGCUGUGAAUGAUCUCCAUUCUGUCUUCCUCUUUUUAAAAAAAGUGUUCCACAGUCCUUACUGCAGGCAAAAUUCCUGCUGUAGCCUGUGACUGUUUUCCUUGGGACAGGAUGGGACGGUGGUCCCAGCAUCUGCCCAGGAGCUUUGGGAGAGGGGUAGGUAAGGAGGGCUGAGAGCUCACACCUCACUGCGCUGCCUGGCUGCACAGUGUGUGGGUGAGGUCCUCUCUGGGAAAACAGAGUCCAUAGUCUGCCCAAAGACAUGUUGACUCCAGCAGCACUUUUGCCUUGUUGAGGACUGGUGUGAAAAGUGUCAGGGGUUAAACUGAGAACACUUGCCCGUUCCAUACCGUCCCUGGUUGAAACUGGUCUGGAGGCAAGAGAAAUGACUGCAGAGGUCAGGGGUCAUUGUGCCUUCUGAGCAGAUAUGGCUGGGAAUUGCAUGAACUCUGUGAAGCUCCACUUGCUCCACAGUUACCUCUUUUUUAUUUUUUUUCUUGCAUCCUUGAGUCCAGGAAGCUCCUGCAGAAUGGACAAAUCUUAAAGGAUUUCUUAUCCUGAAACCACAUUUGAGCAGAUGAUUUGUUGUCAUCCCAAGUGCACCAUUAACACUGGGAGGUUCCUGGAGUUGCCAGGGUUUGGUCAUCCCUUGUCCAUGCAGGUGCUUUCCCAGAGAGGCUGUUGUGUGCCAAUAUUUGGAAGAUGAGCGUUGGGUAUCAGGUCAGUUGCUCCUCGUCAGAAACUCAAGACCGGGUGUUUGCAGCAGGGUCAUCUCCCUUCUCAGGAGGGACCAUGUGUCUUUGCCUUCUGCAGCAGUGUUGGGAGUGGGAGGACAUGCCUUUCUGCCCUUUUUUACUGUUCUAACAUCACAAAAUAACAAAAUCUCCUUACUGAAGGAGAAGGAGUGGGAUUGGGAACAGGGCUGAGUGCAGGAGUUGGGCUGAGAGCCCCAGGGAGAUGAGUUUUGUGGUGGGUUAUGGAAUGGCCUGUGUUGUAGGGACAAGGGGUGACCUCAUCUUCUACUCCCUUAUGGUUUAGAGGGAAGAGUGGCCCUGCCCUGCCCUGCCCUGCCCUGCCCAGCCCAGUCCUGCAUCUUGGCCAGUUUUUCUCUCCCCUUGGAGUUGUGCCAUGCUGUGUGUCCGAUCCCCUUCAGGAACAGCCUGUCCCCCUUGGUCAGCCCAUGAGCUGCUUUGGAUGUCUUGGGUCCUCCCAUUCUCAUCUGCCAUUUUCAGGGCUACCAGAAACAUUUCUUUGGGGGUUUUCUUUUUUUUUUUUUUAAAGUCAGCAAAUUUCUUUCUGUUCUCUGUGAAGAAGAGCAACCACAACCCAUCCUUCUUUCCACACCUCUGUUAUUCCUGCUCAGAAACUUCAGAUUUAUACUGAUGCUCUUAGAAGUCCUGUUCAGUACUGUAUGACAAGGGGCACUUAAAGAAUGUCUCUCCUCCUUUGAUAUAUGUUUUCCCUAUGGAGAAAGCUAUAUAUAAAUAUAUAUGUACACUUGGGGAUUCAGAAGAUCUAAUUUGUCCCCCCCCAAAAAAAAUCAAUAAAUACAAAGUUUAGAAGAAAUUUUCUGUUGUUGAAUAAUAUUAGGUUUUUGUAACCAUACUACAGAAACAAUAGAAAGUGGGUUUUCUAUAUAGUAGUUUGAGAGGAUUUUCUGUUCUGUCAUGCCUGGCUUGGAGCCUGUUGGUCAGUGGAGACCAGGGCAGAUGCCCUUGCAGCCCACGCACUCCCCACGGUUUGUGUCCCACUGAGGGCAGCCAAAAUGCGAUCAGAAACUUGAUCUGUGCUUGGAGCUCAGCUGGCACAGUCGGGUGUGUUGGAGGUUGAGCAGACCUGUGCAAGCAGAACCCCUCAGGUGACUGAGGUGACAGAGGGAAAUCUCGUGCUGCCCCAGCUGGGGAGCGGCGCUGCGGGAGCCCCACGGCUGCCAAAGCCACUUUCCAUCUCACCUCCCAAGGAUCUGCAGGCAGAGGGGAAUGAACCCAAACUGCUACUUGAAAAUGCUCUUGAAAAGAGCUCUUAAUGCUGACACUUUAGAUACAGGAAUGUACUCCUGACGUCACCAUUAAAAAUUAGCCAGAACUGUGUAUUUUAACUUAGGAAGGGAAAUGACCCAAUUUUCCAUGUUCUCUGCAGUCACUUGAGUGGGAUCCAAGAAGCAGCAGGUUGUGUGUCUCUGGGGGACGGGGUGGGAGGGGCAGCUGGUGACCCAGUUCUCAUAUCAGGCAAUCAGGGCUGGAGCCAAACUGCUGCUGUCGGGCCUUUUUCUGCACACGUGUGGGUGAGUGUCCGUGUGUCUGUCCGUGCUGGGGCUGAGUGCUGGGUGUUGAAGGCCAGAAGGGCUCCAGUGUCACCACUGGGCUCCUGGCCAGUGGCAGGGUCAGGUUUUGGUUUCUUGAGCAGAGCUGGACAGAGGGAACAGCCCUUCGUGGAGGCUUCUGCUCUCUGACAGUCCAGGGAGGAGCAUUUCUUAAUUUCUUAUCUCACAAACGGGGCCAGCCUGGGCUGCUGCACCUGUUGGGCUCCUUGUCUAUUUUUCUUUGUUUUACUUCAAAGUGGCCUUCUGUAACAAAAGAACAAAAGAAACAAAAAAAUGCCUUUGGGUGGUUUAGGUCAGGUGAGGUGUCGCUGCUGUGUCGGUGUCGGUGUGGUUGUCCGUGCGCACGCCUGGUAGAUUCCUGUAGACAUGCAAUGCAAGGCUUAUCGUGUCUGGUUUUUUGUAUGUGGGCUGUGUCUCCUUGGGCUGGUUUGCAUCCUGAGGGAGUUUUUUGCAUUUAAAGAAAAAAAAGCGUGAGAACUGUGGGGGCUGUGUGGGUACAAGGGGCGCUGGGGUCCCCUGUGUGCCGAGGGCAGGGGGAGGCGUCCUUUGCCCGGUGCUUGUUUGGCCCCUUUGCUUUCUGUGACGUGUCGAGUGUCCCCAGCGGGGAGAGCGGCCUUGGCCAGAUGAACCAGUUGACCUCUGCUCACCUGAGCAGGACUUUGUCUCAGCCUGUCAGCAUCUAGGCACUUGCUUAAUUAGCUUAAUUAGAUACGUGGUUGUCCUGAGCUGGGACCUGCCUGCUAUACAGCUCUUGGAACUGGUGGGAAGGUGAGCUCUGAGUACUUGCAGGUGAGGCUCCUCCAAGACUUGGCAUCUUUUUUUUUUGAACGGUCAUUAUUUUGAUUCUAAAAGCCAUUGGGAUGAGGAGAGGAAAAAGUUCAUACUUAUGGCCUGGUUUCCAUUCCUUUUUAGCAUUUUGGCCAGAUUAAAAUGGUUUGUAUCACUGUCUUUAGGUUAUUUCCUUCCUGAGUCAAACAUCAGUUGUUAGGAGCAGGUGUUUAGAGUUAAGGAAAAUAUGCUGUGGAUAGAGUCAGUCAUGGCUUCUUUCUGUCCCAGUUAUACAGAACUUCAUAAUUCAAAUUUGAACUAUUAAAAUACCAGCCCGAGCCCAGCGCUGGGUGGGCACAGUCUUGGCAAAGGUUGUGUUUGGCUGUUCCCAGCCUGGCUCACUCCUCACGCAGGGCUGCUGAACGGCAAAGGAAGGCCCCGCUCGCCUCCAUCCUGUGCCGGUGGCACGGGGACAGGGCUGUUCUGCGCUGGGAUUUGGUGACAGCUGGCCCUGGGAUGGCUCUGUGCUCCUCAUCAGGACUGCGUGGCUGGUCCUGCUGUAGCUCUGGAUGAGGCCUGUUGUUUCACCCCUUUCCUUGUGCUGUGAAUAGGAAUUUGAGUAUGAAGGAGCACAGAUGUGGGAUGCAGAUCCACCAGGGCUGGCUGGGGGUGGGACCUCUGCCAGGUCUCGCUGUCAGGGAAGUGUCCCAGCCCAUUUCUGUGCUGGGAUUUUCCCUGGCUGGCUGGCAGGAACGUCCCCGUGUCUGUGUUCCUGUGGCAGGCACGGCCCUGCUGGCAGUGGAGCUGCUCCGUGCCGGCCAUCGGGAAUUCUCCGGCCAGAGCCCCACUGGCCACCGGCCCCAGGGCCGUGUGCUGCCAGCGGGAUCCCGGUGUGCUGCCAGCGGGAUCCUGCUGCCAAUGCCUUAUGGAUACGCCUUAACAACCUGAGCCAAAAGUGUGGGGGGGGCUUGACAGAGCAAGAAAUCAGGGACUGACUGCACCAUGCAACGAUUUAUUGGUGGCUGGUCAGGCCCCCAGCCUGGGCAUCGCUGGGUGAGGAGCCGUGGUGGGAGCGGGGACCCCCGCUCUGUCACUGCAUGUGACCUCCCUCCCUCCUGGCUAAGGCAUUUAUUUAUUUAUUUUAUCCUGCUGCGCUCCUGCGUUAGGAAUGUGUCACUGGAGCUGCCGAUUGUGAGCCCAGUUGCUGCCAUCGCUGGCCCAGAGCCCCGUCCCUCCCCUGCCCCUCACAGGAGCUCCAGUGUUGCGCUCACCUGGGCAGGUGCAGUCUGUGUUUACAGUGAGGACGUGUCACUGUGUUACCAAUUUACUGAAAUACUGAAUAUUGACAAACUAGACUGUAAAGAUUUUUAUGUGUUUGGAAUACAUCUGCUAUGUGAAAAAGCAACUAAUUUUGUACAUAUUGUAUUUUUACUAUUCAGCUGUACAAUACUGGCUCUUCAUGCUCCAGAAUUUAGGUAUCCAACAUGAAUGAUAUCCAUGUAAUAAGCACUUGCCUGAAAUAAAUAUAAAACUAAAAUAAACAUGCACUGAAAUCCAAAA